AUGGCAUCUUUUGUAUCUAGCAUCCGUCCCGUCGUCUUUCUCUACGCGGCGUCAUGCCUCGCGCAACACCUAGACGACGACGACGACGAUGACAAUGACACCCCCGUCCCGGGAGUUUUCCCGCGAGCCUUCGUCGUCGCCAUGGCGGUGGCCAUCGUCGGCGUCGUGCUGCUGCUCGCGCUAGUCUGCGCUCUGGCCCACUCCUGGCAGCACAUCCUCGGCCGGCGCGGGCGGGUGACGUCCCUCGGGGCUGCCCGAGCGCUGGCUCGACCCGGCUUUCGAGUGGCCGUACCAGCUUCCGCACCAGCUGCGCCCGCUAUCAAGGAGCAGCUACAACAACGGCAAUCACUACUACUACUACAGGCGGUCGAGGAGGAAGAGGAAGAACAAGAAUAA